AUGGCCGAAAAUAACUCUACACCACAUAAACCCAGAUUUACCUCACACCAUAAUAGGGGGUUUUCUGGAAGAGGUAGAGGAGGGUAUCGGGACGACAACAGGCAGAAUUUUUGGGAAGACAAUAGGCUGAAUUUCCGGGAAGACAACAGACUGAAUUAUCGCGAAGAGAACAGACUGAAUUAUCGGGAAGAACCAAGACAGAAUUUUCGGGAAGAUCAAAGACAAAAUUUCCGUGGAGAUCAAAGACAGAAUUUUCGGGAAGACAGCAGGCAGAAUUAUCGAGAAGAACCAAGACCACAUUUUAAAGAAGAUCAGAGACCAAAUUAUAAUAAAGCAUACAAUAAUUUUGGUGUACGGGAUUUACGAGAGCUUUUAAAUCAGAAGCAUCAAGAACAAGAAAAUACAAGUGGACCACCACCAGAUCCACCAAAUAGUUUUCUUAAAGAUCCUACCAGGGAAUCAACAAAUCAACAGAAUCGUCCUGCAAGAAGACCUCAGAAUAAGGAUCAUCAGCAACAAAACAAACAAAUUCCUUCACAAAGAACUUCCGAAUCAGAGAAAAAAGUCCAGUUUGAUGAAGCUAAAUCUCCACAAAAUAAAGAACAUGGGGGUAACAGAAACAGGGAGAAUUUUAGAGGUAGAUCUGGAAGUUUUAGAGGUAGAGGGGCGGGAAGAGGUAGAAGCAACGAAAGAGGAGGAGGAAGAAGCAAAAGCAGUGAUAGAGCAUAUCCGAAAUCUUCAAUAUCCACUGAAGCUAUCAAAAAUCCUGUUAAUAUAAAAGUUGAGUUUACAACUGACACAGGCAAAAGGAAUUGCGUUUUGGAGGAAGACAAGAAGAUUGCUGAUAUCAAACAUGUUCCAGAUCAUAAAUAUGGAAAUGAGAGAAGAGGUGGUUCUCAAGGUAAAGGAAGGGGCAGAGGAGGUAGAGGUAGAGGGCGUGGUAGAGAUUUUUCACGAAAACAAAAACCUCAAACAAAUGAACAAAAUGUAGCAAACGAAGAAGAAAAUGUUGAAACCCCUGAAAAAAAACCAUCUGAAGAACAACAGGAAGCUACCAGUGAAGAUCAAACUCAAAAUGAAGAUAACUACACAGAGGAAAAUCAAAACGAAGAAUACUAUGAAGACGAAUUAGAAGAUAAUGCAGCUGAUAAUGUUGAAGAAAAAUUUGAACCUGAUGCUCAAAGAAAAAUUGAGGUAAUUAAUGAAAACACUUUAAAGGUAAAUAUAGAUAAUAUAAACAGUGGAAACCCUGAAAAUACAAACGGCUCAAAUAAUAAUGAUUUCAUCGAAAAUAAAAGUGAUAAUAGUGCACAAGAUCAAAAUAAGAAUAUUACUGAAUAA